UAGUGAGAGAAUCGCUUUUAAAUACUCGAUCUUUGUAAUAGCAAAGUCAUUCAUCGUCAGGCAAUUGCUGGGACUAGUUAAUUGAGUUUCGUUUGUAAAAUUAUUUGCAUUCCUUUUUGAAUAAUUAUUGUUUUGUGUGAUCUAGUGUACAUAACAAUAUACCAGCAGAUAUCCAAAACAAGAUGAAGUUUUUGGUUCUUCUGGUAGUUUUUGUGGCAGCAGCCAACGCCGUUUCCAUUUUCGAGCUAGUCAAAGAGGAAUGGCAUGCUUUCAAGCUUCAGCACCGAAAAAAAUAUGACAGUGAAACGGAGGAACGAUUGCGAAUGAAGAUAUAUGUGCAAAACAAACAUAAAAUCGCCAAGCAUAACCAACGUUUCGAUAGAGGCCAAGAGAAAUACAGACUGGGCAUCAACAAGUAUGCCGAUCUGUUGCAUGAGGAAUUUGUCCAGACACUUAACGGAUUCAAUCGUACUAACCCAAAACAUGGAGGUCUUCAGGGUGUUAGCAUUGAAGAGCCUGUUACUUUCAUAGAACCAGCAAAUAUCGAACUGCCAACGACUGUUGACUGGAGGAAAAAGGGUGCUGUCACCCCUGUGAAAGAUCAAGGUCACUGUGGAUCUUGCUGGUCGUUCUCCGCUACCGGAGCUCUCGAGGGACAGCAUUUCCGCAAAACUGGUAAGCUGGUGUUGCUCUCGGAACAGAAUUUAAUUGAUUGCUCCACUAAAUACGGAAACAAUGGUUGCAAUGGUGGUAUGAUGGACUUUGCCUUCCAAUACAUAAAGGAUAACCACGGUAUCGACACGGAAAAAGCUUACCCUUAUGAGGCCAUCGAUGACACUUGUCACUUUAGUCCAAAGUCUGUAGGAGCCACCGAUAAGGGCUUUGUUGACAUUCCUCAGGGCGAUGAAGAGGCUCUUCAGAAAGCAGUGGCUACUAUUGGACCAGUAUCAGUGGCUAUAGAUGCUUCGCACGAAUCUUUCCAGUUCUACUCGGAGGGUGUUUAUUAUGAACCACAAUGUGACUCGCAGAACCUAGACCAUGGUGUUCUAGCCGUUGGAUACGGAACCAGCGAAGAUGGUGAAGAUUACUGGUUGGUGAAGAACUCCUGGGGCACCACUUGGGGUGACAAAGGUUACGUUAAAAUGGCCCGUAAUCGUGAUAAUCAUUGCGGAAUCGCUACGGUCGCUAGCUACCCGUUGGUGUAACUGAGCCUGUUGUUCGAUUUGUGAAUAGAGUGUGGGAAAUGAUCGUGUUUUAAAAUUUUACAUUUGCACUUAUGUUUGUAUGCUCUAAUCGAAUACUUGCGAGAUAGCCAUAAAACAAAACAUUUUUUUUCGCAUUAGAUUGAUAAGGACAAAAAUCCUACAUACAUGUUAAUCGAAGCAAACGGCAGCGCGGACAAUUUUUUAAAAUACGUUUAAACAAAUAUGUUCAACUUGGUAGUGUCUUUUUUAGUGAGAUAUAAUCUGUAAAUUUGUUGAAUGUAACUUUGUGUAUUACAAUUUACGUGUAGAAAAGAAAAUAAAUAUCGAAAAAACAUUUA